UGGGUCGAGGAGAGCUUCACCAACUUCGAGAAGGGAAUAAACUGGCGCUCUUAUGUCGUCUGCGACGUGGCCUACAACAACGUCAACAACUGGCUGUGGACGCCGUUCGUCGAGCGCGGUAACGCUAACCGCAUCUACAUCGAGAUCAAGUUCACCAUCCGGGAUUGUUCCCUCUUCCCAGGGAACGCGCUGUCCUGCAAGGAGACCUUCUCUCUCCUCUACUACGAGUUCGAUGCUGCCACCAGGGAGCCCCCGCCUUGGGAGCCGGAGUCCUACAAGCUCAUUGGUCGGAUUGCAGCCGGAGAGGGAAGGUUCAACACUAAUACUGAAGUGAUCAUUAACACGGAAGUAAAGUCGAUCCCUGUGACUAAAAAAGGGGUAUACUUCGCCUUCAGGGAUCAAGGAGCCUGCAUCUCCCUCCUAGCCAUAAAGGUAUACUACAUCACUUGCCCCGAGGUGACCAUCAACUUCGCCAAGUUCCCGACGACGCCCACAGGUCGGGAGGUGACCUUCAUCGAGCAGGCGACGGGUCGGUGCGUGGAGAACGCCGAAGAGAUCGACACCCCGACCUACCUCUGCAAGGGUGAUGGCAAGUGGUACCUCCCAGCUGGAGGCUGCAAGUGCAAGCCAGGAUUUGAGGCCGACAUUGAGAAGCAGUCUUGCAGUGUGUGCCCACCUGGAAAGUACAAGCACGCUACUGGCGAUGACCACUGCCAACCUUGUCCUCCGCACAGCAAGGCACCGGACUACGGAUUGUCUGAGUGUCGGUGCAACUCAGGAUUCUACAGGUCGCCUGAAGAUCCCAAGAGCAUGCCUUGCACACAACCCCCAUCUGCUCCUCAGAACCUUACUGUUAGCUUCAUGGAUCAGAGCACUGUCAGUCUUUCAUGGACAGCUCCUAGCUUUCUUGGUGGCCGAACUGAUAUUACUUACAGGAUACAGUGCGACAUCUGUGGCCAGGCAGUCACCUAUAGCCCACCUACUGAGAGUUUUGAUGAGACUAAAGUUACCAUCAGUGGCCUUAGCCCAGUUACUACUUACAAAUUUCAAGUAUAUUCAGUAAAUGGAGUCAGUUCAGUUUCUGGCAGCGAUGGAGAGUUUGUUGAAAUCACUGUAACUACAGAAGCUUCAGUCACUUCUGCCAUGGUACAUAAUGUUCGAGUGACAGCUGUAAAAGCUUCUGAAGUAUCUCUUGCUUGGGAUCCUCCGAUAUCACCUGACCCAGACUCAGAAGUUUUAGUUGAAACUUAUGAGGUACGCUGUUUCUCAAAACAAGAUAAGGAAGACAUGAAUGCUACAAGCAAGCUGACUAAAGAGCCAAAAGCUACUAUUACUGCACUUAAACAACGUACGGAAUAUGUGUUCCAAGUCAGAGCUAAAACAAACCAUGGCUGGGGAGAAUUCAGUCAACCUGUUACCAAGACAACUGGACAAGUUUUAGGAACCCCCUAUAUUGUCGAUGAAGACAACAUGCAAGUUCGUAUAAUUGCUGGAGCAACUGUUGCUGUUGUUGUACUUCUUGUUAUAAUAAUUAUUAUGACUGUAUUUUUCCUCAGAAGUCGUGGAAAUGAUGAAUGCAAUAAAAAACAACCCAGCGACUGUGAUACUUUAGAAUAUCGAAAUGGAGAAGUGCACUGCAAUUUGGAUAACCCUCCCAUUGUUACCACGCAUACGAAUGGCAUGACAACUCCACUUUUUACACAAGUUGGCUCAACUGCUUCUCGUACAUACAUUGAUCCCCAUACAUACGAAGAUCCUAAUCAGGCUGUCAAGGAAUUCGCAAGGGAAAUAGAUGCUUCAUAUAUAACCAUAGAAGCUAUUAUUGGUGGAGGAGAGUUUGGCGAUGUUUGCAGAGGUAAACUGAAACUUCCACCUGAUGGAAGAUCAGAAAUAGAUGUUGCCAUUAAAACUUUAAAACCAGGCUCUGCUGAUAAAGCAAGAAAUGACUUUUUGACUGAAGCCUCUAUAAUGGGGCAGUUUGAGCAUCCCAAUGUCAUUUUCUUGCAGGGUGUUGUAACUAAAAGUAAUCCUGUGAUGAUAAUAACCGAAUACAUGGAGAAUGGCUCUCUAGAUACAUUUCUCAGGGCUAAUGAUGGCAAAUUCCAAAUUGUACAGCUAGUUGGAAUGCUUCGUGGAAUAGCCUCUGGUAUGCAAUACCUAUCAGAAAUGAAUUAUGUCCAUCGAGACUUAGCAGCUAGAAAUGUUCUUGUAAAUGCCCAGCUUGUCUGCAAAAUUGCUGACUUUGGUCUUAGCAGGGAAAUUGAAAGCACGACCGAGGGUGCUUACACUACUAGGGGGGGCAAAAUUCCAGUUAGAUGGACAGCUCCAGAAGCUAUAGCUUUUAGGAAAUUCACAUCAGCGUCUGAUGUUUGGUCUUUUGGUAUAGUUUGUUGGGAAGUAAUGUCUUAUGGAGAGCGGCCAUACUGGAACUGGAGCAAUCAAGAUGUUAUAAAAUCCAUUGAAAAGGGUUAUAGGUUACCUGCCCCAAUGGACUGUCCCGAGGCCAUUUACCAACUGAUGCUUGACAAUUGGCAGAAGGAGAGGACACACAGGCCUACUUUUGGAUCAAUUGUGAAAACAUUAGAUAAACUUAUUAGGUGUCCGGAUACAUUGAGAAAAGUGGCCCAAAAUAGGGCUGGUAAUCCUUUGGCUCCUGAUGCCCCAGACUUGACUCAGUUCAUGACCGUCUCUGAUUGGCUAGCUUCUAUCAAGAUGUCCAGAUACUUGGAAAACUUCGAGAGAGCAGGAAUCACAUCGAUGGAGGGUGUUGUCAGGUUGACCGUGCAGGAGCUGACCAGUCUAGGAAUCACCCUCGUCGGUCACCAGAAAAAGAUCAUGAACAGUGUACAGGCCAUGAGGGCACAGAUUUCGGCCAAUCUUUCCGAGGGAUUCCUCGUAUAG